AUGACACAAAGUUUUCCGAAUGAAACCACUCUGAAUGAUGGUGCAAAACGGCUAGAGAAUGAGGGUAGCGGGAUUUUCGAAGAGUCGCCCGCAAAGCGCAUCAAACUCGAUAAGCCCGAAAAUCCCAUUCUCGCGCAGCCGGAAAAUAACGGUGCUCAGCGAAAGAAAGGCACCGCGCCAAUAAGAGAAGAGUAUCUCGUUCAUUCCGGUCAAGAACCUAGCGUAAAACAAACCUCUGAUGUGCGCGACGACGACGAAGCGGAAGCCGCCCGUCACCAGGAACGCGCAGACGAGAAAGGCGGAAAACAGAGAAAAAAACAAAAAGGUCAAAACACAGCUCGGAAAUUUGGGAAAUCACAGGACGAGAAAGGUCUCUGUCAGAGUGUGUCGCACAGCCCAGAACUCUCACCAAGAACAUGUCAGUUUGGCGAUAAUUGUCGAUUUGAGCAUGACCUGCGCAAAUACUUGAAAGAGUACAAGCGUGAGGAUUUGAAGACGUUUGAUGGCAUGUGUCCGGUUUGGGAUGCGUAUGGUCUUUGCUUUUCCGGGUGGAAAUGUCGAUUUGUGGGAUCCCAUAUGACAGAGAGGGAGCUGGAGGAUGGGCGGAAAGAGCUGGUUUUGGUGGAGGAUGAGGAACGAAAGAAUGCUGCUAUGCCUUUGGUUGAAGGUGGAGCAGAGGGAGGAGUGUUCAAUUCUAUAUCUACGGAGCAAAAGGUGGACCUUAUGAAGAAGAGGCGCAAGACUCCCAAAUCAGAUGCGUAUACAACUUGGCUUGAUGAGACGUCCAAGCAGUUGGAGAUCCACAACCAUGGCAGGAGGUUUGCGGAUGAAAACAACGUCGAAGCAAAUGACGAGGCCGGAGACGAGGUUGAAGAUAGGAGAGCGCAGUUCAAGGAGCCCCCAUUUCUCCCAUCCGAAAAGAGACGACUCUACUUCGGUUCAGAAACGCCGGUUUUGGCGCCGCUUACCACCCAGGGCAAUCUCCCCUUCCGAAGGCUAUGUGUUGAAUUGGGAGCACAAUUCACAUACUCAGAAAUGGCUAUGAGCCUUCCGAUAGUUCAAGGCCACAAAGGCGAGUGGGCUUUAAUGAAGGCACAUCAGUCCGAGGUGCUUCCGCCUACGAUUAAACCAAAUCAAGGCGUGGUCAAAGAUUAUGAUCAUUCUCGGGAUCUCAAAUUCGGUGUUCAAAUCUCAGCCAACAAACCAUGGCAAGCACUGAAAGCUACGGAGGUCAUGACGGCUCUGUGUCCACAUCUUCGCGUUGUAGACCUUAACUGUGGUUGUCCAAUUGACCUAGUUUACCGAGACGGUGCCGGUUCCGCGCUUCUUGAGCACCCAUCAAAACUGGAAAAGAUUCUACGAGGGAUGAAUGCAGUGUCCAAUGAGGUCCCUGUGUCCGCAAAAAUUCGUAUGGGCACGAAGGAUAAUAGUCCAACUGCAUUGAAACUCAUUGAGCGACUUGUUCUCGGAGGUCCUGAGUUCAGUGAGAUUGGACAAGGCCCGGCCGGUGUUGCUGCGAUUACACUCCACGGCCGAAGCCGACAGCAACGAUACACACGGGAAGCCGAUUGGAGUUACAUAUCUGAAUGUGCGGCGCUCAUAAAACGACUCAACGAGCGAAGUGAUGACCUAACCGACACCAUCCGAGAGCCCGACGACCGGCUACAAGCCCCGGGAAGGAGGGUAUAUUUCCUCGGAAACGGCGAUUGUUACUCCCAUGAAGAUUAUUAUCGAGCUAUUGGCGAGUCCGGCGUAGAUACCGUGAUGAUCGCUCGUGGUGCGCUUAUGAAACCGUGGAUUUUCGAGGAAAUCCAAGCCGGGCAAUAUCUCGACAAGUCAGCUUCUGAACGUCUCUCGAUCGUUGAGAAGUUUGCAAAAUACGGUCUCGAUGCAUGGGGCUCUGACGAACAUGGCGUUGGAACUACCAGAAGAUUCCUUUUGGAGCUGCUGAGUUUUACGCAUCGGUAUAUCCCAAUCGGUUUGUUGGAGUAUCUCCCGCCAAGAAUCCAGGAUCGACCCCCAGCGUAUAAAGGGAGAAAUGAACUAGAGACACUUUUGGCUAGCGAUAACUAUAAGGAUUGGAUAAAGAUCAGUGAGAUGUUCCUAGGCCCGGCACAUAAAGAUUUCAAAUUUGAACCGAAACACAAGUCCAACAGCUAUGAGAUCGAAGGCUAG